AAAUCAAUUUACUUUAUCUCUUAUGUUAAAAGCGGAAAAUGUAUCGGAUGAAAUUGAAAUAAUUGAUAAAAUAUCAAAAGAAGAAUUGGCAAAUUAUUUAGAAGGAAAAAUUUUAACUUCCAAGAAAUAUAAAUUAUUAUUUGAUCCU